AUGUCUGGAGCUAUCAUCUUUAUUGACAUAAAUUUGAUCCCUGGAAUGCCAUCUCAGUUGUUCUUCACCAUACUGGACCUGUGGUAUGUGAUCCUGAAUGGUGCUGUAGAGAUCAGCUAUGGAGACGGCCGAACAGAGAUCCUGUGCAUGGGCAACAGCUUCGGUAUCUCGCCGUCUCUAGACAGACAGUUCAUGAACGGGGUUGUGUGCACUAAAGGAGAUGACUGCCAGUUUGUGUGCAUCGCACAAGAGGACUACUGCCGCAUCCUCAACCAUGUGGAGAAGAACACGCACAAGGUGGAGGAGGAGGGCGAGAUCGUCAUGGUGAAGGAGCACCGAGAGCUGGACCGCAGCGGCACCAGGAAGGGCCACAUCGUCAUUAAGGGCACUCCAGAGCGUCUGAUCAUGCACCUGGUGGAGGAGCCGUCAGUGGUGGACCCCACAUACAUUGAGGACUUCCUCCUGACGUACCGCACCUUCCUGUCCAGCCCCAUGCAAGUGGGCAAGAAACUCCUGGAAUGGUUCAAAGUGGACAGUCUCAGAGACACGGUGACGAGAAUCGUGUUGUUGUGGGUAAACAAUCAUUUUAACGACUUUGAAGGCGAUCCGGUAAUGACUCAGUUCCUGGAGGACUUCGAAAAGUUACUGGACUCCUCGAAAAUGAAGGGCCAUCUGCGUCUGCUGAACAUUGCGUGUGCUGCUAAAGCCAAGUGUCGUCAGAUCAUGCUGCAGAAGCCGCCCAGAGAGUCUCCGCUGUUCUUCACGGUUCAGGGCGGCAGUGAGCGGGGCUUCGGCAUCUUCGUGGAGACUGUGGAGGAGGCCAGUAAAGCGGCAGAAGCAGGGCUCAAGCGUGGAGAUCAGAUCAUGGAGAUCAAUGGGCAGAACUUUGAGAACAUCUCGUACUCCAAAGCCAUGGAUAUCCUGAAGAACAACACGCACCUCUCUCUUACUGUGAAGACCAACAUCUUCGUUUUCAAAGAGCUUCAGAGCCGCGUGAGGAAUGAGAAGAAGAACGGCGGUCCUCACAUCCCUAAGAUUCAGGAGAGGAAGAGCAACCGCUUCUCCAUCCCGGAUCUCCCAGGUGACUUGGAGUUUCCCUCGGACAGCAAGAGCCGCAAGAAGAUGAAGGCCAACACGGUGUCUGGAGGACGCAACAAGAUCCGUAAGAUGUUGGAGAAGACCAGAUUCAGCAUCCUGCCCCCGAAACCCUUCAGGGGACUGUUUGGUGACGGUGGCAUGUCUCAGUCUCAGGACGACAGUAUCGUGGGCACUAAGCAGUGCCGGCACAGCGUGGCUAUAAUGCCCAUCCCGGGCAGCCUGUCAUCCAGCAGCCCUGACCUGCUGCAUCCCGCCGCCAGCGCUCUGGACUUUACCAACCCUUCAGUGGCUGGUUUCUACUAUAUUCCAGAUCAGGUGAUCCGCGUGUUCAAGGCCGACCAGCAGAGCUGCUAUAUCAUCAUCAGUAAAGACACCACAGCCAAAGAUGUCGUCUCGCAUGUAGUCAGCGAGUUCGGCCUCAUCGCCGCUCCAGAGACCUACUCGCUGUGUGAGGUUUCCAUUAGUCCUGAAGGAGUCAUCAAACAGCGCAGACUGCCCGACCAGCUCUCAAAACUAGCGGACCGCAUCCAGCUCAACGGCAGGUACUACCUGAAGAACAACAUGGAGACAGAGACGCUUUGCUCUGAUGAAGACGCUCAGGAGCUCUUAAGGGAGAGUCAGAUCGGUCUCCUGCAGCUCAGUACUGUGGAGGUGGCAGCGCAGCUCUCCAUGAGAGACUUCGGCUUGUUCCGUAACAUCGAGUCCACCGAGUAUGUGGACGACCUGUUUAAGCUGGACCCCGGCGGUGGCGGCAGCAGCCAUCUGAAGCAGUUCGAGGAGGUCAUCAACCAGGAAACCUUCUGGGUGGCCACUGAGAUCCUGCGCGAGCCCAACGCACUCAAACGCAUGAAGAACAUCAAGCACUUUAUCAAGAUCGCCCUGCAUUGCCGCGAGUGCAAGAACUUCAACUCCAUGUUUGCCAUUAUUAGUGGUCUUAAUCUGGCUCCAGUAGCUCGAUUGAGAAGCACGUGGGAGAAACUACCCAGUAAGUAUGAGAAACUGUUCCGCGACCUUCAGGACAUCUUUGACCCGUCACGUAACAUGGCCAAAUACCGCAACAUCCUGAGCAGCCAGAGCGUACAGCCUCCCAUCAUCCCGCUGUUUCCCGUGGUCAAGAAAGACCUCACCUUCCUGCACGAAGGUAACGAUUCGAGUGUUGAUGGCCUGGUGAAUUUCGAAAAGUUACGAAUGAUCGCCAAGGAGAUCCGACAUGUGGUGCGCAUGACGUCAGCCAACAUGGACCCAGCGCUCAUGUUCAGACAGAGGAAGAAGAGGUGGAAGAGUUUAGGGUCUCUGAGUCAGGGCAGCACCAACUCAAACCUGCUGGACGUUCAGGGCAGUCACAAGAAGCGCGUGCGGCGCAGCUCUCUGCUCAACGCCAAGAAGCUGUACGAGGACGCACAGAUGGCACGUAAGGUGAAGCAGUACCUGGCACACCUGGAGGUGGAGACGGACGAGGAGAAGUUCCAGAUCAUGUCGCUGCAGUGUGAAGCGGCCUACAGCACAUUGUCUAAGAACCUGAGCGAGCGGCGCUCCACUAAAUCAGACAUGUCCCCGGUGUCCAUGCGCUCCAGUGUGUCUUCGGCCAAGCCUCAGAACCGCGUCUCUCAGGUGCUGCAGGUGCCUCCCGUCAGCCUUUACCCUCUGCGCAAGAAGAGCAUCGCCAAAGACCUGUCCGCUUCCUUCAGUCCCAACUCACCUCAGAUGCUGAAGAAAGCAGCUGGCGCGGCCGAUGACAUGAGCGUCAAGAGACCCGACGAAACAGCCACCGUCUCGUCCCUGCACUCCAGUACUACCGUCUCCCCACAGGGAUCUCCUCGCAAAGUGGGCGGAGCUCCCAGACAGAACUGCGGUCAGCUGAACCUGUCGGGUUCGUCCUCGUCUCUGGCCAGCGAGGUCGGCGUCAGGACGGCCGGAGGACGCACGUAUGGCAUAGGUGGGGCUUUCCUUCAGAGACAGAUCCCGAGGAUGACCUGUGAGAGCGGCAGACAGGAAGAGAGCAGACAGGGACAGGAAGAGACACGCAAGCGCUUCAGGUCCCCCUUCAGACUCUUGAGAGACAGGAGCAAGUCCAGGGACAGAGCUGGGACAGUGAGACAGGAUGAGCAGCAGGCAGACAGUCUGAAGACAGACAGACACAGGAGGAGGACAGCUGUGUGA